UCUAUAGCCAAGUCAGCGCUGGCUUACCCCUCUGGUCUACCUGCUUUCCGAACACCAUGAACACAUUCACCCUGUUCAUCGCCUGCCUCCUAGUGGCCGGUGCUCGCAGCGCCGCUGUCGUCCCUUAUGGAGUCCCGCAUACCGUGUCCGUGGUACACCAACCCUUGGUACACCAGCCGCUGGUACACCAGCCGCUGGUACACCACCCGCUGGUACACCAGGCCGUCGUCGCGGCUCCCGUGGUGGCCCAGCACAAACAGCUUGUGUACGUGCCGCACCAUGAGCACGGAUACUCUGUCGAACACAACAGUGUGGUACAUCCGAAGUCCACUGUCAUCCACCACGACCCUCUAACAGGCCUGCCGUACCAGCAGACCGACUACCACCACGCCCCCGUGGUGACCGGCUCCCGGAGCUACGUGCACCAAAGUCGGCCGGGCUACGUCGCUGAGCACACCAAGACCUAUCUACUAUGAACGACAUGCCACGACACCAAACUAUUACCACACGUCACAAUUACUUGUGGCCGGCUGAUAACAUUUGUAUACACCUUGUUCCCGUAUCCCGCAUUUUGCGAGUGAAUAAACGUUGAUAUUCGCUCCCAACAUGACUGCCUUUUAGAAUUUCGCUCGUGCGAAGCAUUCUCCAUUCCAAGAAUCCAGCUCAAACCCAGAAUCUGUAAUGCUGAAUCCAAAACUCCUGACCGCGUAAAAGACUUGUUUCAGUUUAUCAACUUCAUCGGUCUUAUCAGACGGUUCGUAUUCUUGCGAAAUUUUCCGGCAAUGCUCCACCCGGAGCGCCACCUUUCGGCAGAAUUCAGGAAGUGUGAAAUCUACGAUAAUUCCAAUAUGUGCGUCAUCCACUGAUCUGAGGUGCGGUGGAUCGAGAGAUACCGUUGAUACCUUUUGCAGGCUUUCAGGCCAUUAUUCACCUCUACCUUCC